AUGGCGGCGGUCAGUCUACACCGUGCGACGACGGCGGCUUGGAUUGAUGGAGGUCAAGCGAAAAUGAGAGUCGCAGUGUACUCCAUCGUCCACCAGCAAAAAUGGCCAGAACUUCGUACCCCUUAUUUUCCUGGGAGUCUGUUUAUCAACAAUAAAAUAAAUUUCCGCAAGUCAGACAAGUAUGCUUUGUUAAUCGAAAAUGCAAGAAGCGUAAAAGACAUAAGAAUAAAAGAAAAAAUAAAGUCUGAUCAUGCUGGAAACUAUGAAGAUGAGUUGUGUGAUUUUGAUUUAUCAAAUAACAGGCUAGAUCGCAAUCCAAGGGGG